CCCAAGGGCCCCCUCCUGGGCCAGCAGCACAUCCCCGAGUGCUAGCAGGAGAAGGGGCUGGUGCAUUCUGGGUCCAUCCCUGGACACCCUCUGACCCACACUGGGUGCCCCCUGCCCCAGCAGUGGCCAUGCCGCAGUACUCGGGGCAUGCCAACGCCUCGCACCUGGGGCCAGGUGUGGCUGCUCUGCUGGACAGGAGCAGUGACUUCACCCUGGGCCUGAACAUCUUCUCUGGCGCUCUGCAUGCCGGGCCCCCCAACCUCUCCCUGAUGCCGUGCGAGCUGGAGCCGCUGGGCUCCCUACCCCUGGACACCGAGGGGUCUGCAGCUUGGGGUAGCCUUCUGGGGCCGGCCCUGUCACUGGUGCUGCCUGUGGUGUACGCCCUCAUCUGCGGCUGCGGCAUCCUGGCCAACGGGCUGGUGAUCUCCAUCGUGCUGAGCUGCAAGCACAAGCUGGUGUCGGACGUCUACAUCCUGAACCUGGCCGUGGCUGACCUGCUCUUCCUGGUGGGGAUGCCCUUCAUCAUUCACCAGCUUGUCCAGGAGCACGGCUGGAUAUUCGGGGACUUUCUGUGCCGUGCUGUCACCACCCUCGACCUCAACAACCAGUUCACCAGCGUGGCCAUCGUCACCGUGCUCUGCGUGGACAGGUACGUGGCAGUUGUGUACUCGUCCACAGUGGGCCAGAAGCGGACGCUGCGCUGUACGGCCCUGAUCAAUGCUGGCGUGUGGGCCAGCAGCCUGGUGAUGGCCACGCCAGCCAUGCUGUACGCCCGGGUGCAGCGGGAGAACCAGACGGAGCUGUGCCUCAUGGAUCUGCCAGGCCCCAGCAGCCUAUACUGGUACACGCUCUACCAGUCACUGGCGGCCUUCCUCCUGCCGCUGCUGGUGAUCACGGUGCUGUACUCCCUCACCCUGCACCACCUGUUCCGGGCCAUGCACCGGGCGCAGCGACGCUGCUCGGCCCGCAGCCGGCGAGUCACCCGCAUGGCGCUCACCAUCAUCACUGCCUUCCUCAUCUGCUGGACACCCUUUCACGUGGUGCAGCUGGUCAACCUGACGGCCGCCCCCUCCGUCGCCUCCUUCUACCUGAACCAGCUCACCAUCUGCCUCAGCUAUGCCCACAGCUGCGUCAGCCCCGUCCUCGUCCUCUUCUGCACCGAGUUCUUCCGCGAGCGGAUGGCCCACUCUAGGUACUGCAGAUUCAUCGCCAGGUGGAGGGCACUGCGUGCGGGCACUGCCCUGCCCAGCCAGGAGCUCACCUCCACUGUCUACAGCCCACAAGUGGGCAGCGCCACGGCCCAGCGCUGCCGGCGCCCCUUCGGCACCGAGCAGCUGCCAUGCUCCAUGACCGAGGCCAGUGUCACCAUCAAUGGGCAGGAGGAACAAAGCACCGUCUAGGAGCCUCCAUGCUACCAGAGCACUGACUUCAGUUGGAGCCCACGGAUGGCCCCCACUGCU